CUCUCAAGAGGGCUGUGACAAGUAGGGCACUCUGUACUGAGCGGGUCUGGAGUUUGAAAUCUGAUCGUUGCUAAUUUUUUUUCAUCUGCUACAUGAAGAACAUCGUUGCCAGUUCAGGUCUUCAAGCCAAGAUUCCACACACCAAUAACAGAGCACUCUGACACUUUCCAAGGAGCUAUACUAGUACUAGCACAAGCAAGGCGGGCAUUCAGAGAAGCCGCGGCACAGGCAAGCAUAGGACGUUAUCCUCUAUCGCAGCCUAUACUUGUUUAUACAGCCACAUCUCUGAAACAUAGAGGGACAACUGUAUAGCUCCAGCGGGAAUUGUUUUAUACAAAUAAACGUAAACAACAGUUAACUAAAUUGGAGGGUUGUUUGCGGAGCGGCUGAAAUGUUUAAAUUUUGGUACGCAAACUGAAGAAGGAGAUUGGAUAUAUUUCUUCAAUUUUUCCGACUUUAAUUUUUUUUUUUUUUUUUUUUUUUUUUUAGAAGGAAAGGAUUUUACGAAGUUUUCUUACACGACACAAUUGGCACUGAAACGAUUUCAACGUAUUUUCAUUCAAAGCACCCGGGAAGGAAUUUUGUCAGAAACUGCAAACAGUUAUUGUGCUUAAACAAAAGUGGAUCUAGCCUAGAAGAUUAUUCUGGUCAACUCCGGGAAAGCAAGUGAAAGAAGAGCAAGGGGUGAAAGUGUUCCUCCCGCCCACGAGAAGCAUGCGGCCGGAGGAUGUCUGAAGCUGGAUGGGGCUGUAGCAGUCGACUUCUCUCCACCACCUCUACAGGAAUGAUUGCUUUGUGGUUCACACUGUGCUUUUACCUAGUGACUGUCAACAGCAUUCCUGCAGCCAGGCUGCCCAUUGCCCAGCCUGAGGAGAGGACGACAAACAGACCCUCAGAUUCUUUGUCAAGCGAAACAGCGUUUCUGGAGGAGUUUGUGCUGGGAAGUGGCGACACCCUCGACCUGUCCUGCAGCACUCAAGGCUCCUCCCAGUCUAUUGUCUGGUUCAAGGAUGGUGUCGGGGUCGUUCCGAGCAACAGGACCCGCUUCGGGGCAAGGCAGCUCAGAAUCAUCAACAUCUCGUACGAAGACUCGGGGAUUUACACCUGCAGGCUAGCACACAGAAACACCGUCCUGAGCAACUUCACUGUCAAAGUAACAGACUCCUUAUCUUCAGGAGAUGAUGAAGACGACGAUGAAGAAUCAGAAGACUCAGGUAAUGAAGCUCCAUAUUGGACACGUCCGGAGCGAAUGGAGAAGAGGCUCCUAGCCGUUCCUGCUGCCAACACGGUGCGAUUCCGCUGCCAGGCCGCUGGGAACCCGAUACCUGCAAUCCACUGGCUGAAGAACGGCAAGGAGUUCAGGGGGGAGCACCGUAUAGGAGGCAUCAAGCUGAGGCACCAGCAGUGGAGCCUGGUGAUGGAGAGCGUGGUUCCCUCGGACCGGGGAAACUACACCUGCAUAGUGGAGAACAAGCACGGCAGCCUCAGCCACACAUACCAGCUCGACGUCCUGGAGAGGUCACCCCACAGACCUAUCCUGCAGGCUGGGUUACCCGCUAACCAGUCGGUGGUGUUGGGCAGCAAUGUGGAGUUCCAUUGCAAAGUGUACAGCGACGCCCAGCCCCACAUCCAGUGGCUCAAGCACAUAGAGGUCAACGGCAGCAAAUACGGGUCAGACGGAGUGCCCUACGUCACCGUACUGAAAUCCUGGAUAAGUAAAAAGGCUGAAGCUGAUGCUAAGCUGGCUCUGUACAAUGUGACAGAGCAGGACGUGGGAGAGUAUCUGUGUAGAGCCUCCAAUUUCGUAGGCUUCGCCGAAAAGCCUUUCUGGCUUCAUAUUCACAAACCGACACCAGUGGAAGACAUGGUCAAGGAGGACGACUCGGGCUCUGUCUACGCUGACAUCCUGAUCUACGUGACAGGCUGUGUUCUCUUCAUCCUGACCAUCGUCAUCGUCAUCCUGUGCAGAAUGAGAAUGUCCACCAAGAAGACCCUCAGCGCUCCUACUGUUCAGAAACUCUCCAAGUUCCCCCUCAAGAGACAGCAGGUGUCCUUGGAGUCCAACUCGUCCAUGAAUUCCAACACCCCAUUGGUCAGAAUCGCUCGUUUGUCAUCCAGUGAUGGACCAAUGCUGGCGAACGUGUUGGAGCUGGAGCUGCCUGCUGAUCCAAAGUGGGAAUUUCAGCGCACAAGGCUGACGUUAGGAAAACCGCUGGGAGAGGGCUGCUUUGGACAAGUGGUUAUGGCAGAGGCUAUUGGGAUAGACAAAGACAAGCCAAACAAGCCCGCCACUGUUGCAGUGAAGAUGCUUAAAGACGAUGCCACUGAUAAGGAUCUUUCUGACCUGGUCUCUGAAAUGGAAAUGAUGAAAAUGAUCGGAAAACACAAGAACAUUAUUAACCUCUUGGGAGCCUGUACUCAAGAUGGUCCGCUGUACGUCUUGGUUGAAUACGCAUCUAAAGGAAACUUGAGAGAGUAUCUUAGAGCACGACGUCCUCCUGGCAUGGAUUACUCCUUUGACACCUGCAAAAUCCCAGACGAGCAGCUCACCUUCAAAGACUUGGUAUCCUGUGCUUAUCAGGUGGCCCGAGGCAUGGAGUACCUGGCAUCCCAAAAGUGCAUUCAUCGAGACCUGGCUGCUAGAAACGUUUUAGUAACAGAUGACAACGUGAUGAAGAUUGCAGACUUUGGCCUGGCCAGGGAUGUACAUAAUAUCGACUACUACAAAAAGACAACAAAUGGUCGGCUGCCUGUGAAAUGGAUGGCCCCAGAAGCAUUGUUUGACCGGGUCUACACUCACCAGAGUGAUGUCUGGUCCUAUGGAGUUCUGUUGUGGGAGAUCUUUACUCUGGGGGGGUCCCCAUACCCCGGAAUCCCUGUUGAAGAGUUAUUUAAGCUUUUAAAGGAAGGCCAUCGGAUGGACAAGCCAGCAAACUGCACGCACGAGCUAUAUAUGAUAAUGAGAGAAUGUUGGCAUGCAGUUCCCUCACAAAGGCCAACCUUCAAACAGCUGGUGGAGGACCAUGACAGGGUCCUCACAAUGACGUCCACCGAUGAGUACCUUGAUUUGUCGGUAGUGUUCGAGCAGUAUUCACCUGCCUGCCAGGACACUCGCAGUACCUGCUCCUCGGGAGAUGAUUCAGUCUUCACCCAUGAGCCCUUUCCUGAGGAACCUUGUCUUCCCAAACACCAGCAGUGUAACGGUGUCAUCCGGGCUUGAAUACUUUGACCUUUACCUAGAAAUCAGAUAUUCCAGAACGCUGGCCUGGUGCCUUUGGACACAUUACUAUGAAGAAGGAAACAACGACAACAACAACAACAACAACAACAACAACAACAACAACAACAAACCUGGAACAGUAGUUUUAAAGAAACUUUUCUGAGCCUUACCUUUUUUUCUUUUUCGAAAUGCUGUAUACAAAGUCGAGAAGCACUGUUUGGCUUGAAGGAACUAUUUUGACUCUGUAGCAAGAUUUAUUUAACAAUGUCUUGAGGUUUUUUGUUGUUUCGCCCAUCAAUAUAUAUAUAUAUAUAUAUAUAUAUAUAUAUAUAUAUAUAUAUAUAUAUAUAUAUAUAUAUAUAUAUAUAUACACACUUCUAGCUUUUUAAUGAUAGUGUUAGAGCAAAACCAUUCUGUGCCUACAAACUCAAAGAAAGGACAGAAGUGAAACUGCAAGAAAUUAUUCCUGUAUGACAAGACAAAAUGUUUUUGUUUUUUUUUUAAUGUGUGAAGGUGCAGAUUACCCCUUUCAAGGCUGAUGGGCUUAAGCCUUAUGGAAUUUAGAGACUUAGAGCCAGUCAAUGGAAACAGUCUAAACAUGGUAUACCUGUAUGUGCGCACUGCUGCAGCGACCCAAUCUGCACACACUGAUCAGGGUUCAGUAAAAAGCAGCACAGACUUGACUCACCAUCUCAUUACUCUUUUUUUUUUUAAACUCACUUCCAUGAGUUAUGGAGAAUAGUGUGUUGAAGUCAGCUGACGAAUACUGGUACAGAGGAGAGUUCUUCUUCUCAAUAUUGGAGUGCGGAAAUAAAGAAAUGAACGUUUUUAACACUUGCUGAUCAAAACAAACUUCUUUCCAGCAGUAUUAUGCUGUAAAUUGAAAACCCCAUUCAGUAAUACUAAAAGAAGAGAUUAUAUAUAUAUACUGAAAAGAUUCUGAUUGAGUGUUUUAAGAUAUGGUGGAUUUCUUUUUUUUUUUAAUGUUCCUUUUAGUUACAAGCAUUUGGGAGACUUUUGUUGCUAUGAAAUACAACAGGUUGCCUCCACCAUUUGGUAGGACCAACAAUGGUACACUAAGGCUGCUGCCUUUUAACUUAUAUCUGAAAGGUUUAUAUUGUAAAUAUAUAAAUACAAAUAUGUAUCAUAUUGCUGAGAACAGCAGUGUACUUAAAAAUAAAUAUACAUUCUUUUUUAUUUUUAAAUCACUUAAAGCAUAAAACAUUGCAAUCUAGGAUAUACUGAUGAUGUGGUCACGUAAAAACAAAAUGUAAUCUUCAAAGUCUUUUGUUUAUUAUUUGAAUAAUUAACAUGUAUAUUUGUAAAGUUAUUUAUAGACUUUUAACAUAUCUGUUCAUAGGUUUAAAUAGCUAGCAUAGAAUUUUGGUACUGUAAACAACUUAAUUUUUCUGAUUAUUUUUUUUUUUUAACUUAUUAACAACAGAACUGAGACAGGAUAUUGUUUUUGGCAUUCAGAUAUUUUUUCUCCCAGUUUGUUUACAGGUAAAAAAGAAUGUAUGAAAAAAAAUUACCUAUGUUGUUUCUUUAUAUGGAUAAGAAAAAAAUACAGGAAAUUGAACUUUUGUAGUGUUAUCCUGGAUUGCAGUGGAUGGUGAAGUUUUGGAUUUCGUAAUGCAACAACGGUGGUUAAAGAAACACGAUACAGCCACAGAAUAACUAGGUACCCAGGGAAGAGAAAGAAGGUAGCGUUCAACAGUUGAGAGAACACAAAGCCAUGUUGUGGUUUGGAACUUCAGGCCACUGCAUGGCACACCAGGGAAGACUUGGGGUUUGAUAUAGCAAAGUUGCCUUAAACUAGGUCUCCCAGUGUCCUGGAAUUAGGUUUCAAGCCACUGUUCUUGAAAAAGUGGCUUUGUGUUCCCUCAGUUUAACGUGCACCGGACAUCAAUAGAAAACAUCCUUGGCUGUUCGGCUUCAUACUUCCUUUACGAUUUAACCACUGUUCAAUAGUGUUUCUCUUUGAAAUGAAGACAAGCUUUGAGGUUUACUUAAGCAAGUACUAUGCAAAGCAAAAAAAAAAAAAAAAAAAGACUAGCGACUCUGAAUGAUGUGUGUUUAUUUAUGAGUUAUAUUUUUGGCAGAGUUAUCACAGAAUCUGGUUUCCAGUUUAACGUAAAAUGGGGUGCAAUGAUUAUGUUUUUUUGUUUUAUUUCAUGGCUCCAAUAAGGGUCCUGUAAAUGGCAACUACAGGGAAACCAACGCAAUUUAGAGAGAAUUUCUUAAUCCAACGCCUUGCCAGAAAUGUGAUAAUGUUUCAACUGCGGUCACAUCUGUCAAACCAAAAUGCAUAUUUUUAGACGUACCAUAAUAAUAUCGUUCCACCAGAAAAUGGCACAAAAAUAAAUAAAUAGUACAUGUCACAGUAAAACUAUCCUGGAGACAAGCUGCUUUUAAAAAGUCUCUGACGCUUAAAAGUAACCCACAGCGAUACGACUGUACAGUCCCCAUCAAGUCCAAUUUAAUUAGCCUGUUUUCUUGCCUGUAAAGUGCCUGGGACUGAUUUGAUCUGGAGGAGGGAGCAGGGCGGUGAUUUAAAACAUUUUGAGGUUAAAAUUAUUUGAAUGUAACACAGCCAUAAUUGUGUGCCAGACUGGGGGGUUUAGUCUCGAAAAGCCUUUUAGUUGAAGUAGGAAAUGUUGGGCACUUCUAGGCUUAAUUGUUUUUUUAGUUUUUUUUAAAGAAAGGUAAAAGCUUUCCCUAUGGUGAGAUCCCUUUUUAUCAACACAGUAUUAUUUUUUAUUACUAAAACUUUUUGGUUUUGUUUUUUUUUACUUUCGCUUUUUAGCACCUAAUGGUAACUUCAACUUACACAAGUACACGAACGUGCACUCAACUCCUAAUUAAAAAAUAAAAAGUUACAGGUACUUUUAUUCUUUUACAUGUUUUACAUUUUUUUAAGGUAAAAAUAAACCAUGUUCACUUUUUUAUGUAGGAGGUAUCUGAAGUGAAGAUUAGUUUUUCAUGUAGGAGGUAUCUGAAGUGAAGAUUAGUUUUUCAUGUAGGAGGUAUCUGAAGUGAAGAUUAGUUUUUCAUGUAGGAGGUAUCUGAAGUGAAGAUUAGUUUUUCAUGUAGGAGGUAUCUGAAGUGAAGAUUAGUUUUUCAUGUAGGAGGUAUCUGAAGUGAAGAUUAAUUUUUCAUGUAGGAGGUAUCUGAAGUGAAGAUUAGUUUUUCAUGUAGGAGGUAUCUGAAGUGAAGAUUAGUUUUUCAUGUAGAAGGUAUCGGAAGUGAAGAUUAGUUUUUCAUGUAGGAGGUAUCUGAAGUGAAGAUCAGUUUUUCAUGUAGGAGGUAUCUGAAGUGAAGAUUAGUUUUUCAUGUAGGAGGUAUCUGAAGUGAAGAUUAGUUUUUCAUGUAGGAGGUAUCUGAAGUGAAGAUUAGUUUUUCAUGUAGGAGGUAUCUGAAGUGAAGAUUAGUUUUUCAUGUAGGAGGUAUCUGAAGUGAAGAUUAGUUUUUCAUGUAGGAGGUAUCUGAAGUGAAGAUUAGUUUUUCAUGUAGGAGGUAUCUGAAGUGAAGAUUAAUUUUUCAUGUAGGAGGUAUCUGAAGUGAAGAUUAGUUUUUCAUGUAGGAGGUAUCUGAAGUGAAGAUUAGUUUUUCAUGUAGAAGGUAUCGGAAGUGAAGAUUAGUUUUUCAUGUAGGAGGUAUCUGAAGUGAAGAUCAGUUUUUCAUGUAGGAGGUAUCUGAAGUGAAGAUCAGUUUUUCAUGUAGGAGGUUUCUGAAGUGAAGAUUAGUUUUUCAUGUAGGAGGUAUCUGAAGUGAAGAUCAGUUUUUCAUGUAGGAGGUAUCUGAAGUGAAGAUCAGUUUUCGUUUAAAGCCCUCUUCUUUCGGUUCUAUUGCUUAAUGAAAUAUUUCACAGAUUCAUUUAAAUACCAAAAUACUGACUGCGCCUGUCAUUAACUGAAUAAACUCCUUAGCAACGUUAGUCAUGUUCAGUUCAUCAAGAAGCAUCAUGAGAAGCUUCUCUCAGCUGACUUUUGUGACUUUUGUCACGCAAUGAUGAAACAUUCCUAUUAGUUACAUGAAUCAAAUCCGGCAGGGUUCUCAGCUGAUUUUUUAGACGACUAAAAUCCAAGUCUUUUGCAUAAGUGUCCUUGAUUAGUUGUGGAAUAAAAUGUUCAUCACUGCUCUGCAGCUGAUAUCCUUUGGCAUGUGAAACCAGUAGGUUUUCAAUUGCUAUUGGAGCAGCCAGAAAAACCCUGUUUCAAUUCAGCUGUGGUAAUAGCCAAAGCUUCAAAAUAAAGCAUGACAAAAACACAGAAAUAUAGUUCUAGUGCCUUAUUAAUUAAGGUAAUGAAAAAAGCCACACAAACAGCAUUUAAAUUUCUUAUUUCAUACAAUACCGAUCUGAAAUGGCAGAAACGUGAAAUAACUAGCAUUGUUUUUUAAUGACAAUUUUAUAUACAUGUAUAAGUAGAAAUGGUUUACAGUAAAUCGCUUACACAAAAUCAAGACCAGUAAACUUUGUAGAGUGACCGGUGCAUUUACAGCACUGUAUGUCACAGUAAAUGAAGUUGGAACACAAAAGUGAGCCCAGACAUCAGAUACUGCCAAGCAUGGUCUAUAGCACUUAGAAACAUACUUCUUUUUUUUUAACUGUUGCAGACUUUCUUUUAGAGAUUUUUUCAUGCUUUGGCUGCUAUUGAGCUGCAUUUUUUGAAGAUCUCAUCACGAUUUAGUUAGAGCCUUAAUUAUUUUCAAUAUUAACUCAUGAUUUGUGUUUAGGUGGGAACACUAACAAUCGUGCUGAGGAAGCUUAUCCGACACCCCCCCCCCCCCCCCCCAAAACCAUAGAAUUCAAUUUGGGCAGCAUCCCUUACUUUUAAUGCUCCAUAGACAUUUUGAAAUCCCAUUAUAUAUAGCCUUCUUCUUAGUUACCCAAAAUGAUGCUUGUUAAAACUAGCAUUCGCUGUUCCUCCUCCAUUGAAGCUAAGUGCCAUUGGAUCACAGUAACAAAGAUAAUCCUUGCACCCUGAUUUUCCUAUGUCAAGUUUGUAUAUUAGCAAUACUGGGAUGACAACCCAUCUUCCAUUUUUAUUAUUUUAUUUUAUUUUUUCUAAAAGUAUUUUAUAGUUCCAUGAAGCGCUUACUACAUAGACAGAUUUAAUUUAUAGUUUGAAGUUGUGAUUGAUUUACAUAGUGUAGAUUUUAUAUAGCUGUUUGAUCUUUAUUUUGUUUUGUAAAAUUAUAGUUAAAAAAAGAUUUUCUUCACAGUAUUUUCUUAUGAAAUCCAGCAAAUUGUGUACAUUCCAAGUACCUACUGCAUUAAAAUGUUGUUUCCAAUGUUGAAAUUGCACAUUUGUGCACACUUUUUUUCAGAAAAUGAAACUAAAUAUAUAUCUAAUUUAUUGUUUUUGUUUUUUUGUUUUGUUUGCAAAAUAUAUGUGCUGUAGACGAGCAAGCUUAACAUUUUAUAUUCAUUGUUUAUAUAGUCUUCAUAACUGUUAUUUUCAGCAACUAGAAAUCUGCAUAAUGUUCUUUCUGAAUGCAUCGUGGGGGGGUGUGUGUGUCACAUUCCACAUAAUUGCAGGUAGCUCGAUUGUGGCGACAGCUUUUAUGCUUUUUUACUUUCAAUAUCAAUCCCUGUGCCUGAAAACCUAUGCUGUUGGAAGUUUCAAAUAAACACUAAACAAACCA